CGCCAAUAGCGAGCACGCCUCCUGUCGUGCAAAGUAUUAAAGCUGCUCUCCUCCGACUUCCAGACACUGAACCCGUUUACCUCCUGUUGAUGACCCAGUGAAAAUCGUCAAAUGCCUACUCUGUGAUAUUUUCAGCUCUUAUGCUUCCACUCAUAAAGGCGCAAAUGGAUUUAAACUGCACGCUCUCGGAGUGCGAUGUGGCGGGCUUGGCCGCGCUGGCGCAGAGACUCUUUGGGAAUAACUCACUGUCCCCACUUGAUAACAGCUCCGUCGCUUCCAAUUCAGAUGAGGAAGACCUGGAAGUAAAUACGGACAUUUACUCUAAGGUUAUAGUCACUAUCAUCUACGUAGCUCUGUUCGCGGUGGGCUCUAUGGGGAACUCCAUCACCCUGUACACACUGCUGACCAAAAAGACCCUGCAGAACCUCCAGAGCACUGUGCACUACCACCUGGCCAGCCUCGCCGUGUCCGACCUGCUGAUCCUGGUCCUCUCAAUGCCCAUCGAGCUCUAUAACUUCAUAUGGUUCCACCACCCGUGGGUAUUCGGAGACGCAGUGUGCAGGGGCUACUACUUCCUCCGGGACAGCUGCUCUUACGCCACCGCGCUCAACAUCGCCAGCCUGAGCGUGGAGCGCUACAUGGCCAUCUGCCAUCCGUUCAAAGCCAAGAGCAUCAUGUCCCGCAGCCGCACCAAGAAGCUGAUCAGCGCCAUGUGGAUCGCAUCCUUCGCGCUCGCUUCACCGAUGCUCUUCACCAUGGGCCAAGUGAUGCUCAAAGGCGAGAAGAUAUGCACCGCUAUCGUCUCCCCGCUCACCAUGAAGUCUGUUCUGCAGGUGAAUGCCUUUCUGUCCUUUGUGGUUCCCAUGGUGGCCAUAUCUGUGCUGAACGGGGUCAUAGCCAAUCAGCUGCUGCGAAUGUUCCGCGAGGCAGAGCAAGAAAACCGCAUCUGCAUCAUUGGGGGAAAUCCCACCAUGCUGAAUGUCACGGUGGAGCCGAACCGUGCUCAGUCGCUUCGCCAUGGAGUUCUUGUACUCCGAGCGGUGGUCAUUGCUUUCGUGGUCUGCUGGCUGCCCUAUCACGCUCGCCGCCUCAUGUUUUGCUACGUCUCGGACUGGUCUGAUGACUUGUAUGACUUCUACCACUAUUUCUACAUGCUGACCAAUGUCCUGUUCUACGUCAGCUCAGCCAUCAAUCCCAUCCUCUACAACCUGGUGUCAGCCACCUACCGCCAGAUCUUCUUCUCCACCCUUCGCUACUUCUGCAUGCCCUGCCAACAUAGGUCCAGGGGGCACCCCCACCCCUUGAACCGCCACUCCAUUAGCAUCUCCAGCAACCACACCCUCUCCACCAACAUCAUCAAAGAGACAGCGUACUAAGUGUGGUGGAAUACACUUUGUCUGUACUAUAAACCCAUCAGCUGCUGUGUUUACUGGUCAGACUUUAAGGAAAUCUAGGACAGGGCUGGAGAUUGAACAGGGGCCACCAUUAUUGUUAUGUGGGGUCAAAUGCCCACUCUGAGACGUUGGUCAUUUCAGAAUUUGUACAUUUUGUUGUGAGGUGUUACAUCCUUAUUAAGAAUAACAUGAGUUUGUAUUGUAAAAGAAGAAUGAAAAAAGAAAGGAUGGUGGAUGUAAACAGAGUAAAUCCUUAACAUCAAACUGAUAAAUGGAUGUUUUGUACAAUGUUUCUAUAAGUACAUGUACAAAAAAUUCUCACUAGCUUGGUGCUUAACAGUAGAAAUGACUGUUCAGUGUCUUGAAGAAAGAAUUUUUAAAAUUAUCCUGAAAGUAAGAAUGGCCUCUGUCAAAAAUGCUACAAAAUUUCAGAUGUAAGCCUCUGUGUUAUUCAGAAUGGGCAUCUGUGGAUAAUCCUUGCUUUGAUGUUAGAAAAAAGGUGGAUGCAGAGAGUGGGUGUUUCUCAUCCUUGUGUCUGAGUUGCACUGACAGCUGAGUCGGAAGAAUCUCUUCCAUUUUCGUCCCUCUCUUCAUUUUAUCAGGAUUGUUUUUGAUCAGAAAUGUAGUAGUUAAGAGGGUAUGUCCAGAUUAUGCUAGUAUGAAGACAAUUUGGUAGGGUAUCUCUUAAAACUCUGAAAUAUGAAUGCCAUGGGAAUUCCAGGGAAAAACCUAAAAAACUGGUUUCAAAGCUACAGAAGUGGCUGCAAAUGACUAUUUGAAGGAUUCAUACAAAUCAGUAGUGACCUUGAGGAGUAAUUAACAUAUGGUACAAACUGUGCUAAUUUUGCCCGCUAUUUUAAGUUUCAUCUUGAGAUUCACUCAUAUUUAGUCAAGAUCAAUAUUUUUGAGUCAGUUUAAAGAAACUGAAUGAACAUUGUCUUGUCUUAAGAUGUUUUAGGUCAAAUUUCAAAGAGCUGGUAGUUUAAGAGGCUGCAUGGUGCCAUGCGAGCGGAGGCAAUCUACUAGACGGAUGACAAAAGUUUUUGUAAAUACAUUUCCUUUACACUCACACACAUUUAAAAAAAGAGGGCCUAGGUUGAAAAAUACAAUAAUCUCCCUUUAAGGGACAUUUGCAUCAGAAAAUAACAAGAAAAAGGAGAAGUUUAAAAAAAAAAAAAAGAAGCUUGUUCAACAAACCUGCAAUAAAUACUGCGAUUUUGUCA